AUGAGCUACACGCCCGCUCACCUGGCCGACAGCAUCCAUAAGAAGAAGCACACGCGCCCAACCUUCACGGGGCACCAGAUCUUCGCUCUGGAGAAGACUUUUGAGCAGACCAAGUACCUGGCGGGUCCGGAGAGAGCACGGCUGGCCUAUUCCCUUGGCAUGACUGAGUCCCAGGUGAAGGUCUGGUUCCAGAACCGACGGACCAAAUGGAGGAAGAAGAGCGCCCUGGAGCCCUCCUCAUCCUCGCAGCGGGCAGGGGGCUCUGGCGGAGAGCGGGCAGCCUCUGAGACCGAGGACGACGAGUACAACAAGCCCCUGGACCCCGACUCGGAUGACGAGAAGAUCCGGCUGCUGCUGAGGAAGCACCGCGCUGCCUUCUCGGUGCUGGGCUUGGGCACGCACAGCGGCUGA